CACAUAUUGCUUGCAGACAAAGACCUCAUCACACAGCUUGGCCUCGCCGUGAUCGACUGUUCAUGGGCCGAACUGAAGGCGUCGAAGUUUAGUAUGAUGUACAAUAAGCUCUGGUCCUCCUUCAACCGCUACUCCAUGUUGGAGGGGAGAGAGGACUCCAGUCUCGUUUUCUAACUAUGCUGCUCGCUGUACCACGUGGCAUGGAGCUAACGUUUCAACCACACUUCAUGAGGCAAAUGAGCAGAGACGAUUGAUUCAGGAAGGAAGAAUCAAUCUGCUGCAGUUUAGAAAUUAUCUUUUUGUGCAACAGUCUCAACUUCUAAUGAAAUUGAAUCGCGGAUACGAGAUUAUUAGGCAAACGUUUACACUCACAAGCGAAUGUCUUCUUGAGAUUAGAGCACUACAGGUGCCAUUAGUUCGUGGUGCUGAUGAUGUGUGGGUCUACCUGACUUGCAUCCAAGCCUUGAAUUCACUUGACACAACAGAUGCGAUCACACUCGGCUUGGAGACCGUCCCCGCCCUCAUGAUAUCGGUAAUGCGAGCCGAACUGUGGAAAUAUGCUUGGGAAAAGUUGUAUACAAUCGGUUAUGAGUGCGGUCUGAUGGAGCCGGGCAGAGAGUCGACAUCGGAGAAAGCUAUUGAGCUGAUGCAUGGGAUCAUGGGCAGUGAAGUCGGAGGUAAAGAAAGCUCAGUAGCUUCAACUAAGCUGUGUAAUGCUCUGUGUUCUGCAAAGCCUUUGACAAUAAUUUCAUUGAAUUAGGAGAAACAGCUUUUGCUGCAUUCAAUCAUGUUGGCAGGCGACGCUUUGCCGCUCAAGUUGGUUAUCAGCUUGCUGUCUUCUUGAUGAGGCGUGGGGAGUUUGAACGAGCGGAACCUUUACUAACCGACUCGUGUCAAAUUCAAGACGCAGAAAGUUGGCAUCUUCUUACUGCCAACGUUCUUGUUCCAUUAGCAGAUUGUUUGCUGAAAUUGGAUCAUACUGACAAGUAUGCAAGUGCUUGUUCGAGUUUGGCGUGUCGUGAUCCGUCGCUGCCUGAUACAAGACAUCAGCAUUAUUAUCAGGAAUUGUUGAGGAUUGCUAGAGAUGGAAAAGAGCAAGUACUGCUACCCUUCGAUGCCAUAUUCAACUACCAGAGCGGGAAACCAGGCAACGAAGACGGCGUCUUUUACACAGACAGCGAAGUCACCAUCAUAAUCGAGUUCGUCAGUCUACUGUUCAAGCCAAUCACAUUCGAUCGAGUCGCACUCAGUUUGCAUUGCAUGCAUACACCAUAUCUACAGUCUCCGAUUCACAGCGGUGUUCGUCCGGGACUCAAAGACGCGUCGGUUAAGGUGAAGCCGAUGCCGUCGGAUCGCAAACUGAAACGCAUGCAACGACUUGCAAAGUCAAAAGCGAACAAAACGAGCGAAACAAUCGGAGAGACCGACAGCAUCCAGUUGAAUCAAAGUCAAGAGGGAGAGAGUCAGUCACCGUUUGCGAGUGUCAGUAUGAUCUCCAUGGAUCUUGACUUGGAUGGUAAUGCUGAUGUAUUGGAUAGUCAAGGGACAGUGGAGGGUGGCCAGUCUGCACAAGCAAUUGAGACUGACUUGGUUGUUGAGUCGAUGCUGGAGGCAACGAACGAGAUGGAGGAUGACGCGAUGAGCAAGUCGGUGGAUGUUUGUGCGAUUAGUGGGAAGGUUGAUGAUGACUUGUGGAGUCUUUCUGAUACGGACAGUGUGGAUGCGAAGCUUGUGUGGUCGGAAGCUUGUGGGUGUGAAAUGAAUCCGGGACCAAACACGCUUGCACUUCAUGGACAGAUCUCUGUUGAAGGCCAGUAUUUCAGUCGUGGUCUGCUAUGUGAGUUAGGCUCUUUGCAGUACUUUCUUGAUCGCGUCCCGACGCCAAGGAGACAACAAGGAAUCGUUGUUCUUCCUCGCAACCCUGAUGUGACAAUUUCUAUCAACAAGAGUGACGGAGGUCAUCUACUCGUCGGUGAAAUACAGAGAGUAUGUCUACAGCUCUCAACAGGCAGACAAAGCAUCCCACUAUCCUCCACCCUACAGAUUGAAAUUCCCAAGGAAUUCUCUAUCCAACGUGUUCUCUCUUCGUCCAUCUCACCUACAUCCUCCGAUGAUGACCACACACCCACAAACACCUCAGUCUCUUUGUCCAAAACCGACAACGUAAUGGUUUGCCUGCAGCUUCCAGCAGUUGGAGCGGAGAGAGACCUUGACAUCGAGCUGCAAGUGACGGCCAAUCGAGAUGCAAGCAGCAGCAGUGCACGAUGCUGGGAAGUCAAUAUGACUGCAGUGUGUCUGUGGUAUCUCCCUGUACACAGAGCUAAUCUCUCGCUUAUAUUCUACACUCCGAUUAAAUCAAUUUUCAAGCUCCUUACCGCACGAAACAGGCAGUUCCUCCAGGCAUUUAUUUCCAAUACGUUUCUGGUGGAGUUGGUGCUUCAAUCAGUAAAAAUAUUGUGUGGAAAUAUUAAGCUACAAGCGAUGCAUAGUGAGAUGGAAACGGAGCAGACGGUCAUACCUGCACAGACAACAGGGUACCUGUGGGUGACAAGUGUGGAGACGAAAUUGGAGGUUCUAUAUAGUGAAAUGUUUGAUGUGUGGUUUUGUGUUGUUAGGAGAAGUUUUAGCAGGACAGCAGGGAUGUUGUGCUAUUAAAUAUAAAAUCGAAAGUUUUAAGGAUGAACACGAAAUGAAGGUCAACUUUCAUCUUUAAUAUUCAGUGCUUCUACUAUAGUAUCGAAACAGACCAGUAACUAGAAGCAAACAACUGUGAACACAGCUCUACGUAUGUAUAGCAUGUACUAAUGGUUAGUGAUACUAGAAUCACAUGAUCAAUUCAUACAACACUGUGCUACGUAUUAUGCAGUACAUAGACGUGAUAGGUUAGAUGUUCUGGUAGAAGCAUUAGAGAUAUGAUGUUAAAUCUCCUGGAAAAGAAGAAAGAGAAUCAACAGAUGAGAUGGUAUGUGUGUGUAAGUGUGUGUCCAUGUGCG